GCGGGGCUAAGAGUCGUAAACCAGGAAGUUAAACAACGCCGCGCCGUGUUUACACAUGUUCGCACUCUCACGUGGGGGACGAUUCUCGCGGUUAGAAAAAUGUCUUCAAAGAAAAACAAAGGCAAGUCGAAGAAGACGAGUGAUGGAGACAGUUCGGUCGCGCUGAGCUCGAGCGACUCCUCCGUGCUGCAGACGCCCGGACACGAGGCAGGAAGCGGCUGCAGAGGGCCAAUCAGAAACUCCUUCACUGUGAUCGACUUCAUCGAUAAAGCCGAUGACAAAACACCGAAAGCAUGCAGGUCAACUUUAGCCCAACUCGGCCUCAAUUCAAUGAAGUCGGUCGGCGCGAGCAUCGGGAGACCGGUUCUACUGACGGGACCCACAGGACAACAAGAGGUGUGUCUGGGUUGGCCUGUCGCCACCUUUCCAGGCAGAAAAGUUGGUCUCCAGAAAUUUGCCCAGGCGAACCUGAGAGUGAAGUCGGGGGCCGAGGUGACGCUGCAGCCAAUAACGGGUCCUGUGCUUCAGGCUGAGGAGGUGGUUCUAACCAACAGGUCAAAAGACGAGACACUAGAGACGGAUGAGUUCAAGAACUUCCUCCUGAGAUCUCUGGUUGGGAACAUCGUUCUGCCGGGAGGUGUCCUCUCCCUGACCUACUUUGGCCGCUCUUGCAGUCUCCGGGUCGAAGCCCUGACAGGUGAGGACGGCGUCACGCUCCAGAGACCGGACCCUCCGCCGGGACUCGGCCCCGACACCGAGGAGUCCUCUGUGCUCAACUCUGUGCUGGACUCCACGCCGGCCGACCUCUCCCUGCAGCUCAGCAUGCUCACAGUGGAGGACAACAACGGCGAGGAGAGGGCGGCACCGGGGAGCACGCCCGGAGAGCCCGGUCCCGCGGCCAGCACCCCACGCCGACCCAUCCAGUUCCCGUCCCUCUCCUCGCCUCCUGCACCCUGCAGUCCCUCCUACAGCUCCCAGAAUCCCCCCGCGGUGUCGGCAGAGGACGCCGUCAGCCCGGAGAGCUCACUGGACUCGGAGCAGGCGGGGAAAACCCCGACAGCUCCCCCCGGUGGCGCUCUGAACACUGACACCUUCUACUGCCUCUCCUGCUCCACCAGAGUCAGCUUCAGACACAGAGCAGGGCGGGAGGAUCCAGAUGCAGAAGCCCAGAGGUCAAGGGUCACGUACAGCAUGAUCGGUGGGCUCAGCAGCCAGCUGGAUGUCAUCAGAGAGACGAUCGAGCUCCCUCUCAAACACCCCGAGCUCUUCUCCAACUACGGGAUCCCACCGCCCCGAGGGGUGCUCCUGUACGGCCCCCCGGGCACAGGGAAGACCAUGAUCGGACGAGCCAUCGCCAACGAGGUGGGAGCUCACAUGACGGUGAUCAACGGCCCAGAGAUCGUGAGCAAAUUCUACGGUGAAACAGAAGCGAAGCUGAGGCAGAUAUUUACUGAAGCGUCUCAGAGGCAGCCUGCGAUAAUCUUCAUCGACGAGCUGGACGCUCUGUGCCCGAAGCGAGACGGAGCGCAGAACGAGGUGGAGAAACGCGUCGUCGCCUCACUGCUGACUCUGAUGGACGGGAUUGGUUCAGAGGGUCACUCAGGUCAGCUGUUGGUCCUGGGGGCCACAAACCGGCCCCACGCCCUCGACCCGGCCCUGCGGCGACCGGGCCGCUUUGACAAGGAGCUGGAGGUCGGCGUUCCCGGUGCGGCGGAGCGAGCGGACAUCUUGCAGCGGCUGCUGAGCUCGGUGCCGUGCGGCGCCGCCGCCGAGGAGCUGACGCAGCUGGCGGACGCCGCUCACGGAUACGUGGGAGCCGACCUCGCCGCUGUCUGCAAGGAAGCAGGUUUGCGCGCACUGAGACGAGCGCUGGGAGGCUCCCGCCAACCGUCGGACCGACAGCUGAUGGGCACGGUGACCGUCACGCUGCAGGACCUCCAGUGGGCCAUGUCUGUCGUGAAGCCCAGCGCCAUGAGGGAGGUGGCCAUCGAUGUCCCCAAGGUCCGCUGGUCUGACGUCGGCGGGAUGGAGGAGGUGAAGCUGAAGCUGAGGCAGGCCGUGGAGUGGCCCCUGAGGCACCCCGAGGCCUUCAGCCGCAUGGGCAUCAGCCCGCCCAAAGGAGUCCUGCUCUAUGGGCCCCCGGGCUGCUCCAAGACCAUGAUAGCCAAGGCCCUUGCCAACGAGAGCGGACUCAACUUCCUCGCCGUCAAAGGCCCAGAAUUACUGAGCAAGUACGUGGGAGAGUCUGAACGAGCCGUGAGAGAGGUGUUUCGGAAGGCGAGGGCCGUCGCUCCCUCCAUCGUCUUCUUCGACGAGAUCGACGCCCUCGCCAGCGAAAGAGGAAGCUCGUCGGGCCCCGGCGGUGUCGGCGACCGGGUCCUGGCUCAGCUCCUGACGGAGAUGGACGGCAUCGAGCAGCUCCGAGACGUCACCGUGCUGGCCGCCACCAACCGGCCCGACAUGAUCGAUAAGGCUCUGAUGCGUCCAGGUCGCCUCGACCGAAUCGUCUACGUGCCUCUUCCAGACGCUCCGACCCGGCGGGAAAUAUUUUCCCUCCAGUUCCGGAACAUGCCUGUGGCCCAAAAUGUGUCCCCGGAUGACCUAGUGGCACGGACGGAUAAAUAUUCUGGAGCAGAGAUAACGGCAGUAUGCAGAGAGGCCGCCCUCCUGGCCCUGCAGGAGGACAUCAAAGCCCACCGCAUCGAGGCCAGACACUUUGAAGGUGCCCUGAACACUGUGAAGCCCCGGAUCCCCGACUCGCUCGUCCAGUCGUACAUCAGCUACCAGCAGCGGCAGCACGGCGGCCUGCGCUUCUUCUGACCGUCCCGCUGACGACCCGGUCGAAGAACGGCAAUUUCUUUGUAAUUCUCUUGUUGUGUUAAGGUACAGGUUUUCAAUUUGCUCCCUUCCAAUGUGCUGGACAAGUUACCAACUUGAUACUAAGCUGACACAACACCCAGCUGAAUGUCAGAUGCUGAUUUUGGCAAGUACUUCUCUUUUGUAGCCAAUUUACACAACUAUUGUUCAAGUUUUGUAUUUUUACAGCUACUUGAGUUCACAACCUUUUUUUUGUCUUUUUUUUGCGCAAUAGAAAAUUUUAGUUUCCAGAAAAAGCUUGUUAAAAGUUUCUGGCUGUUCUUUGCUCCGUUAUAGUUUUGAAAACAGCUCAGGGGGACUGAAGUGUUUUAUCUUUCGGCUUUGGAAAAGUGAAACGGGACGUGUCACCUUUCGUCGUAUAAAACAUUGAUAAUGUAAUAAAUACAUUAUUUGUGUUGUGUCUCAAA